CAGAGCAUUUACUCCACAGCACAGCAAGCCCGUCCCCCCACUUCCCCGAUCUCUUCACCUCCCCUCGUCGCCAUCUCCCACUCCUCACUCCCUAGUCCCAAACAACACUGGGGUUCCGGCCAUUCGAGCCAUGGAGUCGCGAUUAGGCCGCCGCCGCCGCCAAGGCGCGCCGCGUGGGCCUCACCGCCGCUGCAGGACACGCCGCUGCGGGGGCGGCGAUGGAGACGGAGUGGAUCGCAUUAGCGGGCUCAACGACGACCUGCUAAUCCAGAUCCUCGUCUGCCUCCGCUGCGCCGCCGCCGCCGCCCGCACCAGCGUCCUCUCCCGCCGGUGGCGCGGCCUCUGGAGGCACCUCCCCGAACUCUCCUUCCGCGGUAUCGCCAGCGACGCUCUCCAAUACGCCCUCGCACAAGUCGCCAUACCAAAGCUGUCCCUCCUCCACAUCUAUUCCCCCCACUAUAUCUACCCCGAGUUUUCCGUCGAAGGAGUCGCCUCGCUGCUCCGCGCCGCGUCGCGUCUUGACCCGAUCGAUCUCAACAUCGUAGCUGGGGCGGGCUGGACGGAUGAACCCAUGGCCGUCGAGGUGCCAUCCUUCGCCCGCGCAGUAUCGAUCAGGCUGCACGUUGGCAACCUCCACCUAAAACCGCCGGCGCAAGGCGGUGAUUUCCCGGUGCUAGAGAGGCUUUCAAUUGCUGCUGGCCGCUUCGAUAUCGACCCCCUAAUCUCAGGAUGCCCAUGCCUGCGCGUGCUAGAGGUGCAUUUAGAUGAGGAUCUCAACCCCAUCACGAUCCACUCAGCGACCAUCGAGGAGCUUCGUCUGACCUGUCACUUGUGGCUCCAUCUCCGUGGUGUUGACAUCGUGGCACCCAUGCUGAAGAAAUUCACCUUGGGAUGGUCCGUGCACAAGGAUUUCAGCAUGUCAUUGUUGGCACCUAAGGUGGAGAAUCUGUGGUGGAAUUGCUGCGUUGGCUUUUAUUCUGAAGCUGUUGUGAUUGAUGCGUCUGGGAUGUGGACGCUGGAAAAACUGAAGUUAGAGACUCAGGAGAGCGGCUUUGUCCUAAGUUUGGAUGUAGGAAGACCGCAUUCUGCAACACAUACGCGAAACUUGCAAGAAAUGUUCCAGCUUCCUAACAUAUCUGUUUUGGAGCUAUGUGUCGAAAGACGUGGACAUGUUUAUGGAGCAAUCGCGUUGGAUAUACUAAGGAUUUGCAAUGCUACACAAAAGCUUAAGCUGGUUAUUGAUCGUAGUAUGCUUUGGAUGACGGAUGAUGAUGAAGCAUGCCCUCCAGACUGCCUUUGCAAUCAACCGCAUAAUUGGAGAAGUCAGAAUAUCUCCUUGAGCCUUGAAGAAGUAGAAAUAGUAAAUUUCAAAGGAAGCGGCCAUGAAGUUGAUUUCUUGAAGCUUUUGUUCAGAUGUGCUCCCCUGACGUAUGUGACCUUGAAACUGGCCUCCAAAAUUUCACCAAGUAGCCGAGGAUGCAAGGAAAUCUACAAGAUUUUCAAGGCGAAUCCAGCUGCAGAGUGUCAUGUUUAUCGUAAACGUGGCAAGGAGAUUAUCUACGCAUGACUGCAUAUGAUUCUAGACGACGCAGCUGGAGAUACAUUCUCAUGCUUUUGUCUUACCAUCAGAACUAAGUGUGUUUUCUAUUAUUGAUAACCUAGCCGUCAUGUUUUGCUGAGGAUUUGUGUGAACUCCGUAGACUUGUUUCCUGUAGUGGCCACCAGAAUGAAUUGCCACAUUGUUGGUCUAGCCUAAAUGCCUAAUGAAUUCUGGUUCAUAUUUGUAUCCUAGUUAUGCAACUUUUACCAGAAUAUGCUAGAUUAACUCCACUUGAACCUGUA